GGGGCGGGGCGGGGGAAAAGUCGGAAUUCUGCCUGGCCAAGAUGGUGGCGCCGGGUGCGCUGCGCGUGGUGCGCUGUGGCGGUGGCACCAUCCACCGCGCCAGGGCCGUUUUCUCCUCCGAUUCCAAGUACCUGCUGUGUGCCUCCGGCGACUUCGUGAAGAUGUACAGCGUGGCUACUGAGGAGACGCUGCGGCUGAUGGGCGGCCAUGCCGACCUGGUGACGGGCAUCCAGCUCAACCCGCACAACCACAUGCAGCUCUAUUCUUCUUCUCUUGAUGGCAGCAUUAAGCUGUGGGACUUCAUGGAUGGCAUUCCCAUUAAAACUUUCAGUGUAGGAUCCAAACUUCUGGCACUGUAUGCACUUCCUAGUUCUGAGGAUUCAGUAUUUGUAGUAAUUCCAAAGAGUGGUGAAAGAGAUGCAUUCCAGCUGGUCUCAGUUAAGCUGACAAAAACAGCAGGCCAAGAUGUGGAAGCCAAGGAAUUGUCAGUGGUUUUGGAUGGUGUGGGUGCAUCACCGAAGCAUCUUGCAUUUGGAAGAGAAGGUCAAUAUGUGGCAGCAGUAAAGGAGGCUAAUCUCCAAGUUUAUUUUUUUAAACAGAAGCAGUUGAACAGGUUUUCUGUAAAUACAACGAAGACAAAAAAUAGAAGCAGUCAGUUCACUUGCAUAGCAUGUCAUCCUACAGAGGAUUGUAUCGCAACGGGCCAUGCUGAUGGAAAGAUUCGCCUCUGGAGGAAUUUCUACCACAAGAAAGAGUACACGUUUUCCACACUGCACUGGCAUCAUGAUAUUGUCAUGGAUCUAGCUUAUUCUGUGGAGGGAACCAGCUUGCUGAGUGGUGGAGUUGAAUCUGUUCUAGUUCUGUGGCACAAUGAAUCAGACUGUCGAAAGGAUUUCCUUCCUCGUUUGGGAUCUCCUAUUGAGUACAUCUCCGUGUCAUCUGAUGGCUCUCUCUGUUGCACCUUGCAUAAAGACAACAGAAUUACAAUUAUCAACAGCAACCUCAGAUUUUCCAAGAGUAUUCAGGGGCUAAUAAAAAGUAUAGAUGUGAAGACUGGUCUAGUGGUUGAUCCUAGAACCAAAGCUUUGGUGCUGAAUGGAGAGCCUGGCCACUUGCAGUUCUAUUCUCUCCAAAGUGAUCAGCAGCUGUUCAGUCUGGAUAUUGUUCAGCGACAAUACAUUCACCAGGCAGGUUUAAAGCAAGCUGACUUGGUCAAGGUUGCAUUUAGUGCCCGAGGCAAGUGGCUGGCAACAGUGGAAGAGAGAGAAGAAGCAGCUGACCCCGAGCUACAGUUGAAGCUGUGGUUCUAUGAUGAAGAAACACAAAGCUUUAAGCUGAAUACUAGGGUAAAUACGCCCCAUGAGGACCACAUAACAGACAUGUGCUUUCGUGACAUGGAUGAAUGUCACGACUCUCCGAUACUGGUAACAGCUGGCAGAGACUGUGUGUUUAAAGUCUGGGUGACGGUAGAAGACACUGAUCCAGAAGCACAGCAGAGUGUGAGCUGGAGCUGUGACUUUGUAGGCAGCUACCACAACUACCAAGCCACAAACUGCUGUUUCUCAGAAGAUGGCUCUUUGCUUGCUGUUAGCUUUGAAGAAAUUGUCACUGUAUGGGAUUCAGUUACUUGGGAACUUAAGUGUACGUUUUGCCAUCCACCUGGAAAAAUAAGGAACAUCUGCUUUGGGAGACUAACAUGUUCCAAGUACCUUAUUGGUGCCACUGAUCAUGGCUUUCUGUGUUGCUGGAACCUGCUCACUUGUGCAUUGGAAUGGAGUGCCCACCUCAACGUCUUAGUUCUGCAACCUGAUACCCUGUCAGAACAUAUUGCUGCUGUCUCGUGGCUUUCCAAAGAAUCCAGCUUGUUUGUGUUUAAACCAAAUGAGCCACGGCCAGUCUAUAUCCAGCGAAACCUUUGUAAAGAGAAGAUCCUGCUUGCUGCCUUUGUUCCAAGAGAUGAACCUGAAAUGACUGGCUCAGAAAAAUACCUUUGGCUAAGAAGUUCCCAACUAUUUUUCCUUACGGAUACGCAAGAGCUUUUGACGCUUAGCACAAGGUCUCUAGAAGAAAGGCUCACACCAUCCAGCAAACAGCUGGCAACAGAAGAAAGUCUUCCUGUGACCCCAUUUAGUUUGCUACUGGGAAAGCACAGAUGUCGGCAAUCACAAGAGGAUACAGACCUUAGAAAACUAAUUGUUCAUAACAAGCAUGAGCAAGAUUCACCUGCUGUCAAAGAGCUUUUGCAUACUCCAGCACAUGUUCUGCCAUCUGCUUCUUUCCUGUGUCCUAUAUUUAUUAGUUCAUUGCUCAUCUCCAAAGAGAACAAAAGUGCUGAAGAAGUUGCUGAUGAAGUGGAAAUGGAAAGUGAAAAAACAGAUGAUGAUUUGUAUGAGGAAGGAGAUGUGACUGAAAUGGAACAAGAAGAUACAAAUCCUAUGGAAUUGUUAGGAGAGAUGACAUGUAAACUGUCUAAAUCUCAGGAAAGAGAGCUACGGAAAUUAAGAAAAAUGGACUACAGUUGGCUAUCAGCUUUCUAAAUGGACAUCUUUGGGGUUUUAUACUGUAAACUGAAGGUUUUGUGGAUUAAAUAUUCAUUUAAAAAAAAAA